GCUGAAUCAAUGAGUCGAUUCGUUCAAAACGACGUUGACGACACAAAUGACUCGCUACACUGAGAUUGAGAAAAAGUCCUCAGUGAUACUACUGUACAACAAGAAUGCUCCCCUUCAAGGCCGCUCCGGAUCAGUUCAAGCCCGAGGUGAGGCAGGUGGGUCUGCACUGCUGGCGGGUGGAGAAGCUGAAGGCCGUGCCACUGGCUGCGUCUGAAGUCGGAGCUUUCUAUAACGGAGACUCUUACCUGGUCCUGCAGAACAGAGGAGACGAAGGAGCCGAUCUGCACAUGUGGAUCGGUGAGAAGUCGACACGUGAUGAGCAGGUGGCUUGUGCCGUCUUGGCCACCCAGCUGGAUAACUUCCUGGGUGGAGAUCCUGUCCAGCACAGACAAGUGCAGGGCUACGAAUCGCCCGAGUUCAUGAGCCUCUUUCCUAGGGGAAUUAGUUAUAAGGAAGGAGGAAUAGAGUCGGGUUUUAGAAAACAGCAGUCCGGCUCUGGUCCGGUUCAGAGGUUGUAUCAAAUUAAGGGGAAGAAGAACAUCAGGGCGAAGGAGGUGGAGCUGAACUGGUCCAGCUUUAAUAAAGGAGACUGCUUCAUCCUCGACCUGGGAGAGACGAUCGUGUCAUGGGUCGGCUCUCAGGCCAACAUGUUUGAGAAGCAGAAGGUGCGAGAGAUCGCUGCUGUCAUCAGAGACACAGAGAGACACGGGAAAGCUCAAAUCUCUAGCAUCCAGGAGGGAGAGGAGACGCCUGAGAUGCUGAAGGUUCUCGGUCCGAUGCCGGCGCUUAAAGAGAGCAGUCCAGAGGACGACAGCCAAGCAGACGUGUCAAACUCGGCCUCUCUCUACAAGGUUUCGGAUGCCACAGGGUCGAUGAAACUGACCAAAGUCUCUGAGAAGAAUCCGUUUGCCAAAGACCUGCUGGUACGUGACGACUGCUUCAUCUUGGAUAACGGAGCCAACGGCAAGAUCUUUGUUUGGAAAGGCAGCGGUGCUAAUGCUGAAGAGAAAAAAGCGGCUCUGAAGGUCGCAGAUGAUUUCAUACAGAAGAUGAACUACCCCAGGAUGAAGACGCAGGUGGAGAUCAUACCGCAGGGCCGAGAAACCGUCAUCUUCAAGCAGUUCUUUCAAAGCUGGAAUUAAAAGCGUUCAGAAAGAUUCGGUUUAGCUGAUGGUACUGAAAAG